GUAGUCCAAUCGAUCUCCGAGCUUUCUGCUGCGCGUAGAGCUGCGGUUCUCAAUUUGCAUCGCCGAUCGAAAGUACGUGAAAGCUUGUCAUCUUCUGUUUUUAGUUUAUUUCUGUUGAGUUCUGUUGAGAUGUUGAACUUCGAGCUACAGAGCCGUGUCGCGCACAACGUGUUCAAACGUCUAAGCGAAGCCAGCGACUGGUGGGACGUCGACGCGAAGCUGUGCGAGGAGUGCGGCCUUCGCUACAUCGAGGGCAAAUCCGCGAAGGACUCGGACCCCACGCUGCUCCUUCCUCUUCCAGUGGACGUUGCGUUCAACUUCGAGCAAAUUCAAAAGCUUCUCAAGUGCCUACCAUCGAAAGAAAAGGUGGUUAUCGCGUUACAGGACGGCGACACCAGCGUAGUGUUCUACGACGUCAUGCCUGGGAUCGUACGUCCGCUCGAGUUCAGCGCUCCUGUAGGACCAGAGAAUCAAGGGUAGCCCGACCCGACGACCGCCUCAAAAAAAUGAAGAGCAUAGAAGAAGUGCUGGGCGUGAGCAACACCAACGCCCGCAUGCUCAUAUGCCACAAUUUCGUCUCCCAAGACGUGUUCGUGACCGAAGAGAGAGACAUUGCCGCAAUGUGCACAGCGCAGGACAAACUGCUCAUAGCGACUUCGAGGAUGAGCAUCGAGGUGCGUGAUUUGGUUUCGAAAGGGCAGAUGCUCAUGACGUUCCCGACGAUCGACAAGGUCACCAUGAUCGAUUACUGCAGCAGCGGCAACUUCGUCGUGACCCUGGAAAGGGAGAUGCUAUCGAGUCCCUCCGACACCUCCCACGCCCGGGUUUACUUCAAUUGGUGGAAUGAAGUGUGCAACCAAGAUCCUAUUGUUAGAAAGGCUGGUUGCCAGCCGACUCGCGACGUUGUGGGAAAUCGACUGGAAGUGGUCGAGCUGCCCCUGGGUUCCAGUUCUGCAUCUUGCAUUGCCUGCUGCCGCCAAUCUGGGACAAUCGCCGUCACUGUGAACGACACAAUCAAGCUGUUUUGUUCCAGGAGCAGCCACGACGAUUCGAGGAAAUGUGACUACUUUGAUUUUGAGUUUCUCAUGAACGUCAAGGUGACUUUCGUGCCAACGAGGGUCUACGUUUGUGAGGAGUAUGUGGCUUGUUGCUCCGAGAAGGAGGUCCAUGUCUUUAGGGUAUGUCUGGAGACGGAGCAGCCACGCUCGGACAAGGUUGCCGCAGUUCCAGACACGCCAAAGAGAAAGAAACACUCAUCAAGCAGUCUCUCGGAGAGUGGUUCAGUUGUAGAUGACCCAUACUUUGUGGAGUGGAAAUUCGAUUCCGAAGAAAAUUCCGAAUGGGGAAACGCGCAGUGGGAAGACGAAUUAAAAAGUGUUUUACACCCCUCGUCUUUUCCCGUCACCCUAUCUCUGAGAUCGGCACAGAUCUGCGACGAAAGACAAAAGUUGGACGACAUUGUUUUGGGCCCACGAGUUAAUCCCCAAGAAUGUUGUAAAGUCUCCAUAGCUGUGAACCCGAGCACGGAUUUGAUGUCCGGAUUUGAUGGAGCAUCUGCAACGACGCUGCUCUAUCGCAAGUUCAAUAGCCAUACUGAGAGCGGAAAGCGUGUCGAAGCAUUUCACUGGGUCCCUUACUACCUUCAAAACGAGGACAGCAGCUUUUCCGACCCUCUCACCGCAGCACUAUCCCUGGAAUCCGAACCUCUAAAAAAUGUCCUACAGUCCCAGUUGUUCACAAAACUUCAUACGCUGGCUUGUUUUGUGUCGUGUACCGACCAAGGAUACUUUUAUAAUCUCAACAAUGCUAAGGCUACUACUCUUUUAAGCAUCUACAAGUACUCAAACGAUAUUAAAGGUGUGGCCCUUGAUGAAUGCUUCCUCCACGCGCUCACUAGUACGGGCCUUGAAACUUACACACUCCCCAUCCCAUACCAGCCAUUGGUUCAGACCAGCAAAGAAAAAGAGGUGCCAACAAAGCCAGCAAUCAUGAUUGGGUUGCGGCCCUUUCUGGGCCUUGGUACUCUCGUCAUGUCCGAUCACCACCUGAUCCUGGCUUCUUCCAACGACGACUGUUCAUCUAGCUCGGACUCCAUAGAACUGGUAUCAUCCACUUUAUAUUCGCUCUUGAAGCCCACCAUGAGCCAACUGUUCUAUGACCUGAAGGAAGCCGCAAGUGUUUACAAGAACGAAGAAAGGCAGGCCUACAUGUCGGCGCUCAAAGAGGGCUUGUUAAUCUUGAAGACCCAGAUCCUGCUGCAGGGGAGGUCUCGCUGCAACUCUGAGCUCAUGGCUGCAUAUUCUGACUCUUGCUGCCUUCUCGGAGAUCUUUGCUUAAAAUCCGAUUCGGAAGUGGAACGGGAGCAGGCGGCUCAAUACUACGACAUCUCCGAAGAAAUCCCCGAAACCAUAAUAAAGAGGAUUAUGUUGUUCAAGGGCCAGAUUAAGACCAGCAGCCUGACGAGGGGUGCUAUACAAUACGUGAAACUGGCAAUGUGCGCGAGAUCCCUGGAGUCGAGGAAAGCGAUGGAAGGCUUGUCCCAAGCCACAGCAGAUGCAAUCUUGGACGUCUUCGCAGAGGAAUGCCCAGAUGCCCUGUACAGACUCAUCCUCUGUUCUGGCAUCACUUCUUUCAGGUCUGAAAAAGCGAUAGGCCUCCUAAAGAAGAAGCUGGCCAGUAAGAGGCAAUCUCAUGGCUAUGCUGCAGACAGCUUGGCUAUAGUGCAUCUACUCUUGCAGAUCGGCAACAGCGAAACGGCGCAGAACAUCCUCAAGACCCUUUCGAAGGAAUUCUUUGUUCCCGUCUUGCUGGAACUGCACGAGCUCAUCCAUGGCGGUGAGGCCCUCACACAGCUAGGAAGGCUGGUCAAGGUGACGAGGCCGGAUGCUUACUUUUCAAUGCUGGUUCACCUGAAGAACAACGGCAGCAUGACACCCGAGCAGAUUGUGCUUAUCCUUCGGCACUCGAGUCCGCUGACAGAUGUGCACCGGGUCCCGCUUCUCAAAGAGUUUCUGGAAGCCAUCCUGUCCAGCAAGAGGACAAAUUCCCAGGCUUACCCUCACCUUCUCAUCAUGCUGGUUAAAGUCUACUUUGGAAGAAUGGCUCCCCAAGAGAACAGCCCUCAGCAGCCUGCCCCGUCGGUGCACACCAAGCCAGCAUCUCUCUUUGGAAGCCGGCCCGUGUGGCUCCUGGAACUGCCGCCAUUCUCCGGCCGUCACGUCACAAAGACCUGCAGCCUCUACACCACCUCCAUGAACCUGUCCGAGUGUUGCCUCUGCUGGAAUUGCUGGGACGACCUUUUGCGGCUUCAGUCCUUCCUCUGCUCGGAGCUUCCAUCCCCUUCCGUGCGUGCCCAGAUUCUCGAGAUAUUCGAAAGCACGCCACUUUCGGAAUCUGAAAACUACGUCUCGCUCAGAGUGCUGUGCCUGCCACCUGCAAGGGCGGUUACUCUGCUGCUGGAUAGACACCCGACUUCGGUGCUUGGUUAUAUGGAGGACAAGUUUCCCGGAGAGUGCGACGAGUGGCUGUUCCUCUACAAGGCUGUCACCGAAAAGCUGGAACGGUGCGCCGACGAGAAAACAGCUGCGACGUACAAGACGCUCCUGGCUGGCGUCCUCGCAUACCUGAGCGGUGCACUGAACCCAGAAGAGCUCGUCAAUCUUUUGCCUCCUGGUAAACAGGAGUACAUGGAAUAUGUGAGGCAGUGCAUGGAGUGGUAUCAAGCAAAACUUUUGAGGGAAAAGAUAAUUGCUCUUGGGACUGAGUUGAAAGAGAUGAUGUGAUGAGCGAGAGCUCGUCUAAUGUGCUAUAGAAAAUACUCACUAGGUCAGAAAAGAGCACUCGGUAGAUAAUGAUGUACCAGUAGUGUCUAUUU